UUUCAGUUUCUAUAAAAUUUAAAAAGACAUGGACAAAGUUGUUAAGUUCGCUGAGCCAGGGCGCGCUUUCGCCAAGGACUCGAUCCGUCUCGUGAAACGCUGCACCAAGCCCGACCGCAAGGAGUUCCAGAAGAUCGCCAUCGCCACCGCAAUUGGCUUCUGCAUCAUGGGCUUCAUUGGCUUUUUCGUCAAGCUGAUACACAUCCCCAUCAACAACAUUAUUGUGGGAUCGUAAAUGGAGCAGAUUGCGAGGGGCCAGAACAAUAACAAUCAUCAAAAUCAGCAUACAUCAAAUAGAUUUUUUUUCGAUAUAUACAAAAACUUAUGUGCAUUCAGCGAA